UGCAGCGCCCCGACGGCCUCCCCGCCUGCCUCCCCCGGCGCCGGCACUGGGAGGAUGCUGGCCGCCUCCCCAGCGGGCAGGACAAGCGCCGAGAGCCGCUUCCCGCUGCACGCCCUCGUCUGGCACGACCAGCCCGCCCGGCUGGAGCAGGCGCUGGCCGCCGAGCAGGUGGACAUUGAACAGCUAGACCCGCGUGGCCGGACCCCCUUGCACCUGGCCACCACAUUGGGCCACCUGGAGUGUGCCCGGGUUCUACUGCGACAUGGUGCAGAUGUGGCCAAAGAAAACCGGAGUGGCUGGACAGUGCUGCAGGAGGCAGUGAGCACACGUGACCUGGAACUUGUCCAAUUGGUGCUGCGUUACCGUGACUACCAGAGGGCCAUCAAGCGUCUGGCUGGCAUCCCAGUCCUUUUGGAGAAGCUCCACAAGGCUCAAGAUUUUUAUGUAGAGAUGAAAUGGGAAUUCACUAGCUGGGUCCCCUUGGUCUCCAAAAUCUGUCCCAGUGAUACAUACAAGGUGUGGAAGUGUGGCCAGAACCUGAGGGUGGACACAACACUGCUGGGAUUUGACCACAUGACGUGGCAGCGUGGGAACCGCAGCUUCAUCUUCAGGGGACAAGACACCAGUGCGGUAGUGAUGGAAAUUGACCAUGACCGGCAAGUGGUGUAUUCGGAGAGUCUGGCUCUUGCAGCCAACGACCGGGAGGGGCUCCUGGCUGCCGUCCAACCUACAGAAGAGCAGGUGAUGGGGCGGCUCACGGCCCCUGUGGUCACUACGCAACUGGACACACGCAACAUUGCAUUCGAAAGGAACAAGACGGGUAUCUUGGGCUGGAGGAGCGAGAAGACGGAGGUGGUGAAUGGGUACGAGGCUAAGGUUUAUGGGGCUUCCAACGUAGAGCUUAUCACCCGGACACGAACAGAACAUCUUUCAGAGCAGCACAAAGGGAAGAUGAAAGGCAGUAAAACCCCCCUACAGUCGUUCCUAGGCAUUGCCGAACAACACGUGGGCCCCAACAAUGGGGCAUUCAUCACGCAAACCCUGAGCCAGGCCAACCCUACGGCCAUCACGCCCGAGGAGUACUUCAACCCCGGCUUUGAGCUGGGCAGCCGUGACAUGGGGAGGCCCAUAGAACUGACCACCAAGACCCAGAAGUUCAAAGCCAAGUUGUGGCUGUGUGAAGACCACCCGCUGUCGUUGGCUGAGCAGGUGGCCCCCAUCAUUGACCUGAUGGCUGUCAGCAACGCCCUCUUUGCCAAGCUCCGGGACUUCAUCACACUCCGGCUGCCCCCCGGCUUCCCUGUCAAGAUCGAAAUCCCCAUCUUCCACAUUCUCAAUGCCCGGAUCACUUUUGGAAACCUCAAUGGCUGUGAUGAACCCGUGGUCUCCAUUCGUGGCACUGGCAGCCCCAGCAGUGACGCCCCCUCGCCUGGCAGUGACCGGUCCAGCAUCAGCAGCUCCAGCUCCCUCGGCUCCUGCCGGUGCUUUGAAAUGGAUCCAUCCUUGUUUGAGGCCCCGCGAGGCUACAGUGUGGUCGGGAGCCACCCGGACCCCCUGCGCGAGGAUGACGACGACCUGCUGCAAUUUGCCAUCCAGCAGAGCCUGCUAGAGGCAGGGAGCGAGUAUGAUCAGGUUACCAUUUGGGAAGCCCUGACCAACAGCAAGCCAGGCACACACCCUGCCUCCCAGGAGGGAUGCAAAGGGGACAGGACACCGCAGCACACACCACCCUUGCGGCCUGCCACCCCCCAGCGGCCGGUGCCCGCUGUGGGUAGGGGACCCAGCCAAGCCGUGCCCCCCAGUUAUGCCGAACAGCUGCGCUUGGCUAUGGAGCUCUCUGCAAAGGAACAGGAAGAGGCCGAACGGCGCUCACGCCAGGAAGAGGAGGACUUUGAACGAAUCCUGCGCCUCUCACUCACUGAACAAUAGCGCAUCUGCACUGGGGCAUGGGAAGGGGCACCCAUGCGCAAGCCCCAGGGCAGCCUCCAGGGGGUGCCAAAGCUAAUGGACCAUGCCUCCUCCUCCCCCCUUGCAGCCAUUUGAAGAGCUAAUGCACAGAAGCCAGGGGGGAGGGACGUGGGGUCGGGGAGCAACAGCACAGCCGGGAAGGAGUUGGGAAGGUGCCCUUGGUCCUAUGCUGUCUGCCACCCCAUUGCACAGAGCAUGGGGUUCAAAAGGGAAUCAGGGUGGGAAGGGGGAGAGCGGGGGGGGGGAGACUCCAAUUGCAUUCCACCCCUCCUAACACUGAGCCAUUUAAUACCCCCUCCUUCCCCUUGGUAAGGGGAGGCGGGUAAGUCUUAAUGAACCUGAGCUUUGCCGUUAGUUCCCCACUCACCUCACCCCUGCUGGACUUACUUAAAGCAGCCAGGAGGGGGAAAGCAUAAUCCACCCACACUUCCCUGCCCCCCGCAGCCUCCGAGACUAGAUGGGUAUGUCUGCUUUGUUUUCCACCCAGAUGUGCCAGCCUCCUGUCUCCGUACUCAAGAGCUUAAUACAGAUUCUAUUUCUGCAGUUCUGUUUGGCUGCCAGAAAAGGCAUGGAAUGUUUGGUGAUGGGGAAAAUCUCACGCCUUCAUUUUAAAAAGGACCAAGGCUCUAGUCCAUACCGUUGCAAAGAUACGUUUGAAAGUAUACGGGCAUUUAAAGCAUCUUUGAACCUCAGCAACCAGAUUUGUGGCUGAAAGAUGAAGUCAAGAAAUCCACAGAUGGAUCUCGAGGUCUUCUAGAAGUGUAAAUAGCCAGGUGCGGGAGGGAAGAGUUGGAUCGGGCUGUGAUAUGGAGGGAUGACAGGGUGUUCCAGCUUUCAUUCAUUAUAGUUUCCUGACCUUGUUGAUCUCACCCCCAUUAGCUACUAUUAGACCCAUAGCGGGAAACAUAUGGAGCGCCCAUAUGGUACUAGUAUAUUCUGGUCUACCUACCUACCCUGCAGGGCUCAGGGAUGGAGAAUGUGUCCCAGGGUAAGGGAUAUACCCCUCCAUCCUCAUCCCUGCCACAGCCCCAAGGCAAAUUGAGGCCCUUUUCUUAGUGGUUGCUUGCACUUCAAUACCUGUUGUGUGGGGGAAGGGAAUCUAUUAGCAGAUCACUGAAAUCUAGUCUAUUGGGGUAGGAUUCACAGUACUGUAUGUGACUCCUUGCCCCUCCCCUUGUUGACUAGGAGAAGCUAACUUAUUUGCAUCAUUUCUACAGGGCGAGGAAUACAGGGGGUUGAGUUUGCAAGUUUGGGGGCUGUUCCUUGUAGAAGUCAGUUCUGGUUACCCUUUAAUUGGCUUUGCCAUCUGUCUGGGGCAGGGGAAGUUGCUGUUUGGGCAAAAUCCUUUUAGUGCACUCUGGAGACGGAAAGAAACCUGGCUAACUAGUCUGCAUUAAUUAUCACGGGUAGGGAACCAGGAGGCAGUAGCUAUUCUGGACCCAGAGUAGAGGGACGCAAUCUGGUGUUGGUGGCACCCAGCCGUUUGUGACCCCCUCCGCCCUGCACCUGCUCCUAUAGCACCAAGUGCACUUACCCCCCCUUCCAGAAAACAAGUCCCCUGCCUGCUCCAGUUAUUGCUAGGAUCCAUUUUGCCGCCUCCUGGUCAUCAUCACCAGCACUGCCCAAGUGCCAGGCCAAAGGGGCUGAGUGGCGCUCCUGACAGGCAGGAUGCGUAAGCAACCUUGCAGGGGGGUGCCUUGUCUUGGCAGCUCAGGACCAGAACUGUUUCCUACAACCAUGCUGUGCGCGGGGUGGGGGAGAGGGGGGGGUCAGACUCCUAAACCUGCACCCCUGCUCUCCCCACCGACCCACCCUCUCUUGCCAGCGUCUUGUGCAUCUCAGCUUUGCCACUUUCUCUGCUUUGGAAGCACAAACCAUUAGCCACACUGGCUUCAGUGGGGUUGGAAACGAAGAGGGGUGUUGCCCAAUUCCAGCUCCGCCCCUCCCUUUCGGUCACACCCCCCCUUCCAGUGUCCUCUUCCUCUUCCUGCACAUGCUGAGGUCAUAGUUCAAUGGUGCUAACUUCCAACAACCCUCAAAACUUUGCCCCAAAGCCAGGCUGCAUGGAGGAGAAGGGGGGGGGGCUGUCACCUCCUGCUCCGAUUCCCUUUGGCCCACAAGACACACACACCCGAGGGGACAAAAUCUCUUGCACAGUUUGGGUGUCCUGAAAUAGAACUGGAGAAUGUGUGGUGGUGGAGGGGAAGACUUGAGAUGUGGCCUGUUUGGGGGGCGGGGGUAAGAAAUGCACCUGCAGAACGGAAAGGAUGUGGGGGUGGGGGAAGAGCCAGUUCAGGUGUGUGACCUG